AUGGCGGAGCAGGUCGGAGGGCAUUCCUUGUUUCCUCACUAAGAUCAUUUACUCAUCGUGCUGUCACCAUUACAAUGAUUCCUUCGACUUUCGUUGUCAUGCUCUUCGAUCUUCGUAUUCAUUUUCUCUCUGGAUUUGAGAGUUGUAUGAUAUCAGCCGAGAUGUGGAUAGACUGUAAGCCAAAUCUCGUUCGUGUUAGCUCCUGUCUGAUCGCAAUACUAGGGAAGGAAGGAGGGACAGGCGGACUGAGGGACGAGAGGAGGCUUUUUUUCGCUUGUUCGCACCUCGCCAUUAGUGGACUUAUUUUUUCGCUUGCCCUUUGUCUUUUUUAAUGUUUUAGUAAAUCCUGUUUUUGCAGACUGAGAAGGCUUUUCUCAAACAACCAAAAGUAUUCCUCUGGUAUGAUGGACUGAGAUUUACAUUUUUUAGUCUGUCGAUUAUUUUGCGACCUCUUUUUUGUGCUAUUAUUUCUGAGUAGCAAGGUUGUAUGAUUCUUUUGCCGACAAUGUGGUCGCAGCUCAAAGAAGUCUGGGAAGGGGAAGAGGCCCGGCAAGGGUGGCAACCGUUUCUGGAAGAGCAUUGGUCUCGGCUUCAAGGUUCCAAAGGAGGCAAUCGAAGGUUCAUAUGAUUUUCCCGUCUCAUGAAAAUUUUAUUUUUCUCUUUUUUUAACGUGGUAGGCUCAGGUAUUUUAUAAAUUAAAGGAAUAUUCUAUCUUGACUGUAUUGGAGGCAAGGCCCUACUGUGAUAGGCAUUAAAUCGUGUGGUAUAAUUCAUAGGAUUCAUAUAGCAUAGGAAUUGGAUGCUCAUAGAUAAUUUUAUGAAGAAAUGAUGUCUCGUGAGUGCAUUUUUCUUGUUCAUAGUAGUAAUAGACUUUGGGCCACGUAGUUUUUCACGUCUUGUACAAUAUUCCACUGCAAGUGUGAGUGAAGUGAUCGGUAUCAUUCUUUUACUCUUUUCAUGUAUAUCCAUCAUAUUUCUUAUCCUCGAGUGAUGAUUACAAAUUUGAUCUUCUGUGCAAAGUCCAUUUCACUGGCAUUGUUGUGUGGUCUGUUGUUCUUCUAGAAUCUUCCCUUUAUUGGUUCCGUCUGUAGUUGAAUAUAAUACCACAGAAAUAUUUUUUAUUUCGCGUUUGGCUGAAACUAGGGAAGUCAUGUCCCGGACUUGUUGAUGUACUAAUGUUUCUGUGUUGAAUUCUUAGGAUGGGCGAGGUAAUAUACCAUUUCAAAUGUCUUCUAUUCUCCCAUGCAGUGUCCUAUAUCUUAUUUAAUGAAAAAUCUACUAUUCGUGAUCUGAUUUUGUAUGGGUGGUUUGAUUAGCGGACCUCAACGGGUGUUGUUGUUUUUUAUUUUUUUAAAAAUCCAGGAACGUACAUUGACAAGAAGUGCCCAUUUACUGGUAAUGUUUCUAUCAGGGGCCGUAUCCUGAGUGGGAUAUGCCACAGUGCUAAGAUGAACCGAACUAUCAUUGUUAGAAAAGACUACCUUCACUACAUCAGGAAAUACCAAAGGUACUAGUAGUAUGUGGAGUGCACACUUACUCUCUUUCCCUCAUCUCACCAUAACCUGAAUAGUUCUCACACAGCUGCUCUCUCUGCCACUCGUCGUCUCAGGUACGAGAAACGACACUCCAACAUCCCGGCACAUGUUUCUCCUUGUUUCCGUGUGAAGGAGGGAGACCAUGUCACUAUUGGGCAGUGCAGGUAAUCUUGUCCCCAUUACUGACCAUUCCCAGUCAUAUAUAAUAUAGAACUCUCCAUGAGAUAUCUCGCCUAUUUCCGUGGAUGAUGGUUGUGAGCUGCUUUCCUAGAAUGGAAAAUACCCGUGUUAUUUUUCUUUGGAUGGAAAAGCACCGAAUCAGAUGAAUUCACUGCUCCAUGCAACUAGAUAGCCCAAAAAUCUGAUCGAUCGAUUCAUUCUUCAUAUAAUGGUCCGUGUUGGAUGAUGGGUUUGCACGGCUUAAGCUCUUAUUUAGGUCUAAUAAUAAUCUAAUUAUGUGCAGCUGAUUUGAUUUAUUUUUUUCUCGACACAGGCCAUUGUCAAAGACGGUUAGGUUCAACGUUUUGAAGGUGAUCCCAGCAGGAUCAGGUGCUGGGGGCAAGAAGGCGUUCUCUGCAUUUUAG